AUGGAAGGCUAUAGCCAGGAUACUUGUCAUGCAUAUGUUGCAAGUAUGAGCACAUCAUAUGGUUAUGUACCAUCAAAGGCAGCCGCGAUAGCAUUUGUUGUCUUCUUCGGUGUGUCGAUGGUAGCACAUAUGGCCCAGACGUUCGUUUUUCGCACUUGGUGGUGUGCAGUCUUUUCAAUCGGAUGCCUGGUUGAGCUUCUUGGCUGGGCAGCCCGGGCCUGGUCGUCAAUCUGUCCCUAUGCCCAAACCCCCUACAUGAUGCAGAUCACGACUCUAAUCAUCGGCAAGUGCUCUUCCAAGUGA